CAGCACUACACAUCCUCGACUUUCCACCGUCCCUCCCUCCUCCCUCCCUCCUGCUCUCUCCUCUUCUCAUCUCCCUUUCCUACAGAACACUCGCUAUACAACAUGUCAGCGCCGUCGGGCAUCCGCGUGCCUCACGCCAUUUCCGAGGCGUUCUCCGCUGCGCAGCGCGACGCUGAGUCAACCCGCGCAGUCGUAUUCAUGAUUGAGGGCGAGGCCUUCAAGCAUGUCUCAUCGCUGCCGCCAAAGGGUAGCUAUACUGACGACAUUGCGCUGCUCGUGGACGCUCUGCCGAACAAGAAGACGCCGGCGUCGUUCGCGUACCGCCUUGACUCCAAGUCGCUGGGCUCGUACGAGUGGAUGAUGGUGACCUUCGUUCCGGACGACGCCGGCGUGCGCGCCAAGAUGCUGCAGGCGUCGUCGCGCGCGGGACUAAUGAAGGCGCUGGGUGCCAACAACUUCAAGCACGACUGGUUUGCGACUUCGAUUAAUGACCUCUCCCCGCACGCCCUCAAGAGCCACCUGAACCACAUGGCGUCUCCGCCUCCUCUGACUGCGUCGGAGGCUGCUCUUGCCGAGAUCAAGGCUGCAGAGGCCGAAGAGGCGCGGCGUACGGCUAUCGACGGUGAGGUUCACAAGGCGCGCGUCAAGGCCGUUGUCGGCCUCAGCGGCAAGACCAAGUGGCAGGCUGGCGUCCACGAGGCUUUGAGUAAGGCUUCGGAGCGCUCCGAUGAUGGCUGGAUCGUCACCCUUGAGAUCGAUAAGAACGACACGGCGGCGAUCAACCUGCUCCGCUCCGAAGCGUGCAAGCCCAGUGAGGUGGCAUCUAAGCUGCCCGACAAGGCGCCCGCCUAUGUCUUCUACUCGUUCCCAACGCCGCCGUCCCCCAAGCCUGUGCGCCCCACGCCAGCGCCCGCUGCGCCUGCGGCGUCCCGCGACACGUUCCAAGCAACAGCAGGCGGCAUCCGCCAUGUGCCCCACAGCGAUGCGCCUCGCUACGAUGCGGAGGCAGAGGGUGAGAAGAAAGCGGGGGAGGAGGGCCCGAAGGCAGAGGAGAGUGGAACUGAACAGGGAGAGAAGGAAGAGACCGCGGAGGAAACUCCGGACAUAACUGGCUUGAGCAUCGCAGAGGAGCCCAAGCCCGUGUCCCCACCCCGCUCACCAUCCCCUGAGCAGCCAAGCAAGGGCCGCGUCGUCUUCAUCUACUGGUGCCCGCCCGGAAGCCCGGUCAAGUACCGCAUGGUGUACUCGACGACGGUGCGCGGGAUCCAACAGGACGCCAUGGACAAGGCGGGCGUCGAGGUGGUGGGCAAGCUCGAGACAAGCGACAAGAUCGACCUUUCCGAGUCGUCGAUCCGCGAGGCGGUGCCCGCCAAGAAGUCUGCCAGUCUCAACACGGCGGCGCCACGCAUGUUCGGUGCUCCCGCCCCGGCAGGUCGCUUCGGGAGCCCUGCGCCCGGCAGCUCAGGCAGCGCGCCCGGCAGCAACCCGCGCUCGCCUGUUUCCAACCCGGCCUCACCACCAGUGUUUGGCGCACCCGCCACGUUUGGCCAGCCCCGCCCUAUUCGUACGGGUUCCGCCAUGAGCCAGGGCUCAGGCUACACUUCGCCCGCGGCGGCGUCUCCCGCCGCGCAGGACGAGGGCGACGAGUCGGACAGCUCGGCGAGAAUCCAGAGCGCGUUCAACGCGUUCGGACCCCGUGUUGGUGGCGGUGGCGGCGGGUUUGCGCGCCCUCGCGGCCCCGGUCGCAGGUAGACGAUAGUCUUGCGGUGUUUGUUAUAUACAUUGAAUGAACGGCUUGCAUGUGA